UGAUUGGUCGUCCCGAGGCGGGUCCUUCGGUUUUUAGUCAUUUUUAACUUCGAGCCGAGUGCGAGCGGACGAUUUACCGGUGCGAUGCUGGCUAGGAUUUUAUCGCGAGUGCUGCUAGGUGCGACCCAGUGAUACCUCAGGAUAGAGAUGGGACUGUGAGCCGAUCCGGCUCCGAUCGCACGGGAUUGUUUGGAUUAUAUGAGGAUUCGUCGAGUCGAGGAGGCGCACAGAUAACCUGAGGUCGCGAGAGGACGUCGAGGAUGGUGGGUUUCUACCGGACAGAGCCCCGGAACCCUGGACAGAUGCCGAUGUCCGGAGGGAUGCCGGAGCUGGAGACUAUGAACCCGGUGAAGAACCUGGUGUGCAGUCCGGACCUAAGCGUGUUCGGGACGCCGGGCGCGGCCGAGGCGACGAUGGGCGCGAUCGGAGGAGACAAACUGUACCAGUGCCUGCUCUGCCAGAAGAGCUUCGACCAGAAGACCGCCUACCAGAGCCAUCUGCGCUCCCACGGAAAGGAGGGCGAGGACCCGUACCGGUGCGACAUCUGCAGCAAGACGUUCGCGGUGCCGGCCAGGUUGACGCGGCACUACCGUACCCACACCGGGGAAAAGCCUUAUCAGUGCGAGUACUGCAACAAGUCCUUCUCCGUUAAGGAGAAUCUCAGCGUGCACCGCAGGAUCCACACGAAGGAACGGCCGUACAAAUGCGACGUGUGCGAGCGGGCGUUUGAACAUAGCGGCAAGCUGCACCGCCACAUGAGGAUACACACGGGCGAGCGACCGCACAAGUGCUCGGUGUGCGCCAAAACCUUCAUCCAGAGCGGCCAGCUCGUCAUCCACAUGCGCACGCACACCGGGGAAAAGCCCUACGUCUGUAAGGCCUGCGGCAAAGGGUUCACCUGCUCGAAGCAGCUCAAGGUGCACACGCGCACCCACACCGGCGAGAAGCCCUACACCUGCGACAUAUGCGGCAAGUCGUUCGGCUACAACCACGUGCUCAAGCUCCACCAGGUCGCGCACUACGGGGAGAAGGUGUACAAGUGUACUCUCUGCCACGAGACGUUCAACUCCAAGAAGACCAUGGAGCUGCACAUCAAGACCCACUCGGACUCGAGCGUGACCUCGCCCCGGGACUCGCCCAUCGAACCGGUCGUCGAGAUCUCCCAGGGCGCGGCCGCCGCCGUGGUAGCGGGCACCCUCUGCUCCCUGGGCUCGUCCGGCGGCUCCGACAAAGAGAACAAGACUGAGGAGGUCGGGGACGCGCACCACCACCACGGGUACGCGCAGCACCGAGAUUUCUACUACCUCUACCCGGCCCCCCGGGAGUCCUACGGCCAGCAGGCGACCCCGGUGCCCGGGGUCAAUCCGGCGCUGCUGGCGGUCGCCGCGGCCGCCGCCGCCGCCGAGGAGCGCACCUUCCAGAGCCCCCCGAUGGCGGCCCAGAUGCCGGACUCCCACGUCUUCCUCUACCCCGAGGUCGUCUCCACGACCUACGGAGCCUACUCCGGCGCCCGGUCUCCGGGAGACGCACCCGUCAACGAGUGCUCCUCUCUCCUCGACCUGCCCGGCAACGACGCCCGGAGGAGGGUCGAGGCUGCCCUGGAGGCCGUUGAGGAGGAGCACCAGCGCGAGUACGGCGUCAGGGUGGACAGGGAGCCGAUGCUGACCCCGCCCAGCAGCAACCCCGUGAGUCCGGCGCCCUCGCCCGACCCCCUCGACCUCGCCAUCCCCGUGAAGGAGACGCUCAUCCUGCCACCCCGCAAACGCUGCAAGAUGAUCCUCGAGUCCAUGGAGAGCGAACGCACCGAGCUCGCCUCUCAGAGGCAGAACUCCGUCAUCCAGUUCGCGAGGGCCUCUUAGUGCUCCAGUCCGGUGGCCCUUCUCCGGUCCGUAUUCCUCGUUGCCGGUCGUUUCCUAAAUUCGUACGUGUGCUCGCGCUGCAAUUACUUUCGAAUCCUAGUAUUAACUGGUGAUGUAUACAUAUAAAUGAAUAUAUUUACGAAGCGCGCCGAGUGCGACGGGAGGAGAACGUUACGCUGGGAAGCUGUUCCCCGGGAGCGCGGAGGUGGUCGCAGCGCAGGAGUCCCCCUGCGUUGAUCGCGCGUCCUCGAGAGGAGCCUUUCCGCUCCUCGUCGGAACGUCCGAUCCGCCACUCGGAACUUCCUGGAGCGACGAAGGAGCGUGGACCGCGCCUGGUCGCUCCCCCUCGACGUGGUAUCUCGCUGUUUUCCGAAAUUCUCUCAGGGCUUAUCCGGAUAAGUAGGUUACGACGUACGGUGCACGGCCGUCCUGGACAUUGCGACGACUCGAUGUCGCGGCGUUAACGGAUUCUCGCUACUCGUUCGCAGACUGCGUUCCUGGUCAUCCCGAUGGGUCCCGGCCCUUCCUGGCUUCCUGGCUCGGGCGUAACGUUCGCGGCUAGAGACUAUAGCACCAAACAAUUGAUAUCUCUGUGAUAAGAACUCCGUACUACCAGAGUAUUGAGGGGAGCUGAGCCCACUGCCAGUACAAGCGUAAACGCAGCGCGCGAGGCCGCGCGGACGCGCCCCUUGAGAAGCGGUUGCGCGCUCUCGCGCGCUCCUACCUAUGUUCAUAAUUUAUCGAGUAACCUAACUUACCGUUGUGCGUGUACAUGCGAGUUAAUUGUAAAUGUCAACCUUCGACUAUUUAAACGUGGAUUGGGUAUUCGUUCGAGUUGUCCUCCGAAGAUAUGCUCCGCUCCGGUAGACCUGAAUCGACUCUCUUGGACGUCGACGCCUCUCUAUGCUAAUCUGAAACAUAUUAGAUUAUAUGUUAAUAUCCUCUGCGAAGUGUUAUUUCGCGAGUCCAUUUGAUGGACCUUUUAAGGUAAAUUAUUCUCUAGCUUCUCGAGUUAUUUAAUUAAUUUAACGUUCUUCCCCUAUGUCCUUGGUCUGUGGAGCGGGGCGCGCUUGUUGUUCAUCUGUCAUGGUCUUUGGUGGAGUCGCCGAGUUGGUGGUCCAUGUUUCAAUAGUCAGGGGUGAACACGGUCGCACGAUCCUCAGGCGGCAUCCAGCAAUAUCCCGAUCGGGAAAGCAAAGCGCCUGGCCGUCUUGCGGCCAAUUAUUUUUUAAGAUCGCGAGGCGCUAGACGCACCGUACGGAGGCGAAUCAUUCGAUUCCGUUUGCUAGCGCGACUUAGUUUGUAUACUGUAGACCGUAGUAUUCGUAAAAAGCGUGCGCGGCGGCGCGACACGCGCGUUUACACUGUCCCCGCUAUGGCGCGUCGAACUGAUUACACAUAAAUGAAGAAAGGAACUUGUAAGUUAAUUUUUAAGCCGCGACAAUCGGUGGGUUUUGCCGCUGCGAAAGACUCUCAUCUAACCCGAGCGCAGUACCGAAUUCGCGUCUCCGCGAAGCGACUUCUGGCGACGUCAUGCGCUUGCGGGCAUUGAUGUCGCCAGGAGUCUCGUGUAAAGGUCGAUUUAUACUAUCCGAUCAGAUACGGUCGGAACGAAAAAGUAGCAUUGACGGUCCCACAAAAACAGAAGGUAUAUUUGUACUAUCAGUUUAGUUCAAGCACCGAUUUUAAAACUCAAUUUACUGACGUUGCAAAUCAUUCUUGCCGGUAAAGCCGGACGGUACACGUACGAUACACAACGUUACCGAGUAUAUAUACUCCGAUUACAAGUGCAUGUGAAAGUGUAUUUCAGCAGACGCUACUUUUAAAUUUGGUAUGAAUCGACCUAACGCCGAGGUCAAACGACGCUAUCGAGCUGGGAUUUUUGUGUCCAUUUAUGACGAUGGACGUGGUUAAGCCGCCAUUUUAUGCCCGAAUAGAUCCAAGACAGGUUUCAUGGAUCCAUGUUUUCUUCGGGUUAUAGCCGAUUGACUGAAACAGAGAUAUUAUGGUGGAUUAACUGUCUACGUAGAAUAUCUUGCAAAAUGUACUGCUGUAACUCUGGUAGCGGAAUCUCGCCUUGAUACCCUUCCAGUAGGCGAAGUGGGCCAGCAUGUGGUGAGGGCUUUUGGUCUUUGGUACCGCAUCCGAAAUAAUCAUGACAUAUCUCCAGCUUCCCGGCUCGUUAAUAUCGUUCGGUCUCGACACGCCAUCUCGCCUCGGGCGGGACACUUAACGAACGCCUGGAAAGUCUCGAAAUGCACUUCCGAAACGAUGUCACGCGACGCAUCUUUUUACCGUACCGCAUCAUCUUACCGUAGACCCUGAAGAGCCACCUCGCUCGCGAGUAUCUCGCGAGGUGCUGGGAUAGUAUUCACACCAAGUCACGAUACAUUCUCAUUUGUCACGUGGAUGCGUGGGUGCAGCGUCGAUUCGUUUCAAGAUGUCCCUGUCUUUUAUUUACUGUGAUGGUUACUUUUUAUACUCGUGGCUGAAGCGCCCCUCACGGUGACUUCUGAUGUACAAUAGACGCUACGUGGACGUUCGGACAGCGCGAUCGCCGGUCGUUUCUUACAAUUUUUCAUUUUAAAGUCCGCCUCUGAAUCGUCACUGCACGCCGUCCUCCAUUGACUUCAUCCAUUUACUUUACAUUCGUCUAACUAGCGCCAGUUUUACGCGAUCCGCCUGCCGUUAAAAAAAAAUAAAAAAGUACGAUUCGCCCGCGGAAGCCGCGCCUCGCGGUGCGCACCCGCGGUCGGCCAUUGACAAAUAUAAAAUUACGAAUCGAUAUAUACAUAUAUAUAUUUAUAAAUUAAUAUCAGCGAAUCGCAUAUUACCGUAUACCCUAAGUUUGUAAUCGAAUUUGGAAAGUAGAGAGUUCGUGGACUAGCUAGUUGUAAUAAUCAAGCGGAGGCGCGACCCGUUUCUUCGCAGCAUUCUCUCUCGUGAGUUUCGUCGUGACUGUGUGUGUUGUUACCUUGUUUAUUUUUGUAUAUAGACUCGAAAGCAUUAUAUAUUUAAAUUUAAGAGGUUGUCUGUUGGUAUGUACAUGAUUUAUCGGUAUAGCUGAUUUAUUAUUACUUUGAUAAAAUCGUACUAAACGUGACUACGGACGCUGGCCAGUCACUGUCAUAGAAGAAUAAACAUUUUCAGUUAUUACGCCCUUUGUCGAGUUACUUCGCAUCCUCCUGGGUAAUCCGUGAGAUCGCCACGUCAACGGCAUUCACAUUCUCGACCCUGUGAAUUCAUAUCCUUGUAUUGAUACUUGCGUUAAAACGAAAUGACUUUGGCUGUCGCACAGAGGACCCUAAUCUAGCCGAGCAUUUCCUUUAGGCUGUCCACACCCAAUGGUGUUCGUAUAAGUAGGGCAUUUUCUUUGUACCCGCCGAAAAUCAAUACGGAUUGUGGCAUACUACUUGGGUUUCCCUCUUUUCCUGGUAUAAGCGAGGGUGAGUCCUGUCCAAGGGUGGCCAAGGGUAACGAGAUGUGUCCUGGACCCGGACCCGGUGGCUUCAACGAUUUUUCCCGUGCCUUUCCGUCCCCUGGCAAACUACGUCUUCGGAUUCUUAAUGUCGCCUUGUGGAGGCCGGGCUAGGAAGGGAGACUCCAAGGACCCACCGACCUAUAUUGGGUCAGUGAACUUAGCUCCCCGGUUUAUGCACCCCACGAAACUUGCCGAAAAUCGCUGGGGUGCGCGUUUCCGAGGAGGGUGCCACGCCUCUGAUCGAGAGUACUUCCUUUCUUCGGUGGAAAACCUUAGGCCCGGCCUGGGCUUAAUGGUUCCUUCCGUAUACUGAGAAAAACAUUUUUUUUCCUUCAAAGAAAUUAUUUCUUUGGAUGGAAUUUAAGCAAUUUUAACGUAUAAUCAAAGAAAUGUAAUCCGCCAAAAAAUGCCGAAUGUUUAACCGCGAUGCGGUUUUAAGGGAAUACGGAGAAUAUUGUAAUUUCUGUGAAUGAAAAAUAUGUCUCGUUGGGGUAAUUACAUGUUCAUUCUACCAAAACACUGGUACUUCAUCCAAGUGAGGAUUAUUCAAAGAAAUCAAUUUUUUGAAAUGAAAGAAAUACUUUUCUCAGCGUAGUAACCUGCCUGGAGACGGAAGAUAAGAAUGUAUAAAUGUAAAAGUGCGUUUUAUUCAUUGUAAUAUGCCUAUCUUUUAAAAGUUAGUUAGUUCACCCGUGCGGAAAUAUACUUCGAGAAAGAUUUAUCUUUUACCCUCGAGACCGCAUGACUGUCCACGGGUCACCUGCGAAAUUGAUGUCUCUCAAACAUAUUAUCCGACAAUUGAAAAUGAACGUCCUUUUUAUAGCAAUAAUAUGAAAGCUUCUUACAAAUUUUAUAACCGAGUUGUAAAAGAUGCAGACACGUUUAAAAAUGUUAAAGCGUUCCAACGACGUAUUCUAUGUAAAUUUUGCGGUUCGGUUGAAGAUUCAACCUUGCCGAUUUUUUCUUUUUAUUGAUAAGGCUGCAUAAACCUUGAUAUCACAUGUAAUAGUACAUUUCGACAUACCCAAUAAAUUGUAGAAUGAA